GCCAAAACAUAGCAACCAUUGACGCCAACAACAUCAACGUUGGUCAAAACGUAAAGCACAUUGUCGUUUGUAGUGUGUUAUUAACUGUAACUUGAAAAAACAGACAUGGAUCAAACGAAGAGACCAUUGUUGAUUCCUCCAGAAUUCAGCACAUAUGCUGAAAAACAUGGAAUUUUCGAAAUGUACAAGAAACUGAUGGAGCAGCUGAUUGUCGGCAAACCUGCUGAUCCAGUGGCAUUUCUCAUUGACUUGUUGAAGCGAGAUACCCAUGAUGUUCCACAAGUGAUUAUCAUUGGGCCACCUGCCUCUGGGAAGAAGACUAUUUCCAAGAUGUGUGCUACCAAAUUGAGAACAGCCCACCUCACAACAGAAAACCUCAUCAUGGAGGCUGAAACUGAUCUUAAGAUGCAGAUGUUGGAUCUACAGAAAAAGAAACAACCCAUCCCAAUUGAUGUUUGGGUGAAAGUGAUCGAAGAGAGGAUCAAACUUCCAGACUGUGUAAGGAAGGGUUGGGUGAUGGAGGGAUUUCCCCAGACCAGAGAACAGGCCUUGGCCAUACAGUCUAUAGGCAUCCAUCCGAAACAUUGUGUGCUGUUAGAUGCUCCAGACACAGUGCUGAUAGAAAGAGCUCAUGGGAAGCGUGUGGAUCCAAAAACCGGAGACAUAUACCACACCACUUUUGACUGGCCAUCCUCUACGGAGGUACAGAGCCGCCUGGAGGAAGCUGAGGGGUACGGGGAGGAUGACAUGGUAGAAAAACUCAUAGAAUACCACCGUCAUAUUGAUGGUAUCCUCACUUGUUUCACCAAGGGACUCAAAUCUGUCAACGCUGAUCAGCCCCAGGCUGAUGUCUUCCUUCAAGUGUUUACAUACCUAUGUGGCCAGGCACGAACAAAUGCACCUCACACACCGCGGGUGGUGUUACUUGGUGCCACAGGAUCAGGAAAGGGUGUCCAAGCGUCGCUUCUGGCCACAAAAUACAACCUUGUCAACGUGUCAUGUGGCUCCCUGAUCAAGCAAGCAAUAGCGGAUGAAACAAAGGAAGGACAGACAGCAAUACCUUAUGUAUCCAAGGAUAUGUUGGUGCCUGAUGUGACAGUAAUGCAGAUUCUUCGACAACGUCUCUCCCAGAUGGACUGUAUGAGCAGAGGCUGGGUGUUACACGGCUAUCCUCGUACCCGGGAACAGGCAGAGGGCCUCACCAAGGGGGGAUUUGUCCCUAACAGAGUGUUCUUUUUGAACGUUCCCAAUGAUUCUGUGGUGGAGCGUCUGACACUGCGUGCCACGGACCCCAUCACUGGAGAUCGCUACCACAUGUUGUACAAUCCCCCGCGCACGGAGGAUGUGAAAGCAAGGCUACAGAAACUCCCCAAAGACGAGUCCGAACAGGUCAACAAACGUCUCGGUACCUACAACGCUUACGUUGAGGAAAUUUCAGACUUUUACGUGGACGCGCAACAUGUCAACGCCGACCAAGAUCCCCAUACUGUAUUUGAGUGUAUUGAAAGCAUGAUUGUCAAUCCGCUGCCGAGAAAAGUAUGAUUCGACCCCACUUGACAAUUGACAUUACAAACGACAUUGACGAACAUGUUCUAUUACAAAUGUGCUAUGGUGAAUGUGGCCGACGAAGUUCUGUUACUCGGGUUGGCUUCAUUAACUCAUUCACCCCUGAAGACACAUUUAAACUCCUCCAAUUCAAAGGUUGGAAUAGUUCAUUAUGAAAUUUCAGGGGGGGAAUGAGUUAACUAUUAAGUAUUUUGUGGUGGUAAAUAUUCCACUGGCAAGAACUAUUUUGCAUGUUCUAAUUAAAAAUGACACUCUUUUGUGUCAAGUAUGUGAUAGUUAUUUGAAAUUUAUGCUUAUGUUUAUGUGAUAAAAUAUAUGAUUUUUUUGUUUUAUAUUUUUGAUAUAUCGCUGCCUAAAAUUCGUUAUUUGUAUACUGUAGUUAAUCGUUUUGACAAAAGAACAAUCACUGGCGAUGUCAUUGUUAAAGAUGAUAGAUGCACUAUAUAUGUAUAAAUGAUCUGUUCGAAAGAUUAUCCUGUAUUAUCCUGUUUUACUGGCAAUACAAAGUAAAAAAAAAAUAGCCAAAAGAAGAACAAAAUGUCAAAAUGUUAGUAAAAAUAUGUGUAUGAAACAUGACAGCAUUUAACUUUUGUCUUGAUAUCAAUGACAAUUUCUGUCUUUUAAUAAAAUGGUAGACGUAGGUUAAAAUGAUAUGAAAAAAAGAAUUUGCAUGGCAUUUUCUCUAAGACAUACAUACUUACUAAGUUUAUGAAUUUGUUAUUUUUAAACCUGUCAUAUAUAUGAUUUUGGAAGAAAACUAUGCUGUUGUUUUAUUGAUGUAUCUUAAGAAAAUAUUAAAUUAAUAUUUUUAUGCC